UUUACUCUCUCUUUUGUGAUGAGCGACAAUUCCCACAAGUUGCCUGCUUAUGUUUAUGCCAUAGCAGGCGCAAGUGGUGGUUUAAGUAAUGUUUUAUUGUUACAUCCGAUGGACACUUUGAGGACUCGUUUCCAAGCUCGUAGUUUCUCAUUACCUGGUUCUUAUUAUACGAAUCUUAUUCAAGCUUCCUAUUCCAUCAUAAGGCAAGAAGGAUUCUGGGCUUUAUACAAAGGAAUGGGACCAGCACUUGUAGGUUCUAUGAUUUCUUGGUCACUUUAUUUUCAAAGUUAUCAUCUAUUCAAAUCGAGAUUGUCGAGUUGGGGUGAAACAGUUCCAACUCAUUUAACAGCGAGUACUUGUGCAGGAAUAGUCACUAGUUUAGUUACCAAUCCUUUUUGGUUGGUGAAGACAAGAUUGCAGUUACAGAUAGGUCAAGUGAAACAUAGGAAGAGUGUAUCGUCGAAUACUGUUCCAACUCACUAUCGUGGAAUGGUUCAUGGUUUGUUUUCGAUUGUCAGAGAAGAAGGCUUAGUUGGCUUAUAUCGGGGUAUUGGUCCUUCUCUGUUAUUGGUUUCUCACGGUGCUAUUCAAUUGACUAUUUAUGAAUAUUGCAAAACUUGGUUUUUAUAUAGAAAUGGUGACUGGAAGAGACAAAGAGACCGUACUCUACAUGUAACUGAGAGUCUGAUAGCUUCAACGGUUUCCAAAGUAAUGGCUUCGAUUACUACUUAUCCUUUACAAGUUAUUCGCACUAGAAUGCAAGAAACAAGUCUCAGGUUGUACUUUUUAGAAAGUUUUCGUUGUAUUGUUCAAAUGGAAGGUUUGAAAGCGUUGUAUAGAGGAUUGUUUGCUAAUCUACUACGAGUAACACCUUCAGCUGCUCUAACUUUUUUAACUUAUGAACAAGUCAUUCGAUUGUAUUCUGUUGUUUUCAUAUAAACUAGAAAUCCAUGUCUAUUGCUAAUGGAAAAGAAAAUGAUAGUUUUGGGG